CGGGGGCGGCUCAUGGUGUUAUUGCAGCCACGCAGUGCUGCCAUUCCAUCUCUUUGGCUGCAAACACCAGCCGUGCGCACGUUUUGGCUCUUCAGAUCAACUGCACCGAUCUGUAUUGGUUGUUUUUUAUCGGGGCUGCCCAUGCUCUCCAUGCUCUCUCUAUUGUCCUAGGCGCUUAGUGGUUGCAAUGCGGUGACGGCAUGACUGCAAUGCGAUGCCUACUGCUGCUCGGUGCACUUAGAGCCGCGACGGCCCUCGCACCAGAAGCGGUGGAAGCCCUCCUCUCAAUCGGCGACGGUGAGCGGCUGAGCUACCUCGAUGUCCGAGAGUCGCUUCACAACGAGUGGUCGCGCAAUGUUUCAGGGCCGGCCGUCGCCGCCGUGCGGACAGCAUGCGGCGGCGGCUUCUACGCGCCGGAGACCAAUGAAUAUGGGCGCUACGCCGUCGUCGACCACGCGCCGGCCGAUCGACUAGCGACCGAUCCGGAGGCGCGCGCCGCCGCCGCCCGCUUCCAGGAGCGGAGAACCGGGCUGUCGCACGCGUUCGUCCUGGCGCACUACCGGUCCUACCCGCACGUGGCCCGCGAGGCCGUGCUCUCGCGGCUCCGCUUCUACGGGGACGCCUGGACGUGUGUGGUCGACCAGGGCGCCGCCGAGCGGGCCGACGACACGUCGGCGCGCGACUUCGUGCGGACCCUUCGGGCUUUGAUCAAACGGCCCGACCGGCUGCUGCUUGCGAAUGGCACGACGACGCACGAGCUCUCGGCGUAUGCGAACGGCGCGCGCGCCAUCGUCGCCGCGGCCGGCUCCUUCCCGGACCUCUGGCUCUUCUCGCACGCGACGACGCUCGUCGUCCGGCCGUUCCCCGUCGACCGCUUGCCCCCCUGUGGCGUGACGCGACUGGGUCCCACCCCCUUCCCCUGGCAGCCGCGGUGUCGGGCCGAGUCGAAUGCAGUCGACGCGGUCGCCUCCUCGAUGGCGGCGCGCCUCGGCCUCGACACCUGCCGCCACCAUCACGACGCGCACCCGGUCUACGGCUUCGCCGACGCGACGAUAAUCGCCACGGGCGACGCCGUCGAGACGACGCUCCUCAAAGGAUUCGACGCCUACGCCAGCGCCGUCGCCGAGACGAUAAAAACGCUCGACGGACGAUACGUUUCGAAGAAGCACCACCACACGCUGCUGCCCCGCGGCGAAAGCUACUUACACGGGCUGUCGGACCACGUGUCGGGUCUCCUCGUCGCGGCGUCGCAAUGCGCCGCCGCGGAGCCGCUCUUUCCGGAGGCGCACGGCACGUCCAAUCCCUUCGUCUCGAAGAUCAACGGAUUUCCCUGCGGCUGGGGCCAGUGCGCCCUCGACGCGGCGCUGCGGCUCAUCGCUGAGGCCGAUAGGAAUCCUGUCGACGGGCUCCUGACGCGCUCGGAGCUGGCGGCCUACGACGGACCCGUGCCGGCGUCCUGCGACGUGGGCCGAGACUGGAGCGCCUCCGCAAAGGCACGUGGCGGCGACUGGGACGAGCGAGCUCAGCGCAAGACCGGCCUCGCCCGGCUCUGCUACCAGCUGUGUGGAGAUCAAGCAGUGAGUUAGGGUACGCCAUCGAGCAGAUGCAGUUACGGGGACGACGUCGCGUCGAUGCCGUGGGGCGUCCGAAAUUUUAUUUCCACACAGGCUAUCAGGUCCUCUGCGACCGAGACCGCAGCAUCGCGCUCGGCCAGGCGUAUACCGCGCAGGGUACCGCAAAGCGCGCCCGGAAGCUGAUUGCGCGAGGCGGUUCGUUGUGAAUGUAAAAUAAAUCUAG